AUGUCCAGCAACGGAGAAGAGCUAAAAAACAUGCCUCUAAGACAGGAUAUUCAAUUCAAUUGGAUAUUCCUAGUCGAAUUAAUUUUAUGUGGUGUUCUGACACUAUUCUUCCUUUUCUAUUUCAAUAGGGCCUUUGCAGCUGUACUAUCCUAUGGGCUCCGAUCAUGGACUUGGCAUAAAUAUAAAGUCUACAUUGAUAUAAAAUCAUUCCAGAUCUCACUGUUGGCUGGAAGGGUAUUUUUCAAAGGGUUCAGAUAUCAUGGUAGCAACGAGACAAUAAUUAUUCAAAGCGGAUAUAUAACUUGGCAAUACUGGCUUCGUAAUUUUAAACAUUUGGGACUCGAUCGAAAUCAACAGUUUGACCCAUCUGGGGCAUCCCAAAACAAUGUUGGAGGCGGCCAGGGGUCUAAUGACCUGAACGAGGAUUAUAUACCACCCUUAUUCACAAGUCUUCCAUGUCGUCUAAUUGUAUCUCUAAAAGGUGUAGAAUGGUUCAUUUAUAACCGAAGUCCAGCUUACGAUGCUAUCAUCGAUGCUGUUACCACGAGUUCAAAUAGAGAGGAUUCAGAGAACGUUAGGCAGGAGAAUAACACUCAUUCGGAACAAACACCUCAUGAGAAGUAUAUAAGAAGUGAAAGUACUAUUCAUGGCUCGAAUUGUUCAGAUUCUUCUAGCGGUAGACCUACAUCGAGAGGUGUUACCCACAAUUUACACUCUCUAGAAAAUGAGCUAAAUAAAUUAUCGACAGCCUCUCAAUCAGAAAGAAAGAAAAAUGUAGAAUCUCCUGUAUCAGAAGAUAGCGCAUUGAUAUUAAAGAUACUCCCAAUUCAAAUUGAAUGUGAGAAAGCUGCUAUCGUUAUUGGUAAUCGAAACACUAAAAGCAUUCUUAUAACUAAAAUUGAUAAGGCAGAAGGAAAAAUAGAUGCUUCUAAUGCUCCGUCUAAGCUUGACCUAUUUAGGCAAUUUAUUAACUUACAUCUUGAUCAUCCGGUAAUUCAGAUUAAGUCCAACCAAGAUUUCAGGGAGAACAAUUCUACCAGUGGCUCUCGUGCUGAUAAUGGAGAUCAUGAAAUGACUAUAUCUCUACAAGAAUCUUCAAGUAUUUUUUCUUUCUUCCGCCAAUAUCGCCGUAAAGCAUGGCAUCGGCUUCGAGAUAUUGUGCCAGCAUUUAGGAGUUCAGUUAAUUCAUUGUCUCCUAGCAUUAGCUUGCCUGAAAGAACCUUCGAAAGUGAACCGAGCAGUCACUGGCAGGGGCUCUCGAGAUAUCUUGAUGAUGGUGAGCAAGAUGAAAAGUGUAGAUGGUCCUCAAUUGACUAUGCCAACGUCUCUAAUAUUUUUGAGAGCUUGUCAACCGAAAUUAGCCUAUACUGGGAUGUUGUAGGCUCAGUUCAGAAAAACCCGAAUCAUCCUGUGGGUAGUAACUUUACGAACAACAUCAAUGGUGAGACAGCUCCAGAAUGGGGUGUUAAUCUUUCAAUUGGAACUUCGACAAUUAAUUACGGCCCGUGGGCUGAUCGACAGCGCGUUGAUAUUCAAAAAGUCUUUUUCCCUAGUCUCUGUAAAGAUUCUAUACCAUCGAAAAUGCUCAACAAAGGUCAGUUGCGAAUACCUGUCGAAUUCAAGUUGAAGGUCGAAAUAGAUGAAGACUCUGUGCUUCGUGUGCCUAUUAAGGAGGAUUCUAAGAAUUGGCGGUGGAUAAAUCAGGCAAAAAGUACGGGUGCAAGCCAUACAAACUCAAAAGGGGCUAGUAAACAUAUUCAUAAGUCAAAAUCAGAAUUAAUUACCCAAGGGCCUGAAGCUCGACCAUUUGGAUGGCUUGAUCUUAAAGUUGGCGCAAACUCAGUAUUGAGAUAUUGUUCUGAUACCAUUGCAGGAUCUGCGGGAUUUUCAAGCCAACUGGAUAUAGACCUUCCAACUCUCGAGAUUACAACCAGCGUCAACCACGGCCUACUUUGGAAAUCAAAUAAUAACCGUAUCUGCUGUGAUCUAUCUAACCCAUUACAGUGGAAUGGUCUUCGAAAUUGGAAAUUUGAUGUAAGCAGUCACGAAUUAGAACUUUUUAUCUUACGAGAACAUAUUUUCCUUCUUACAGACUUAGUCGACGAUUGGACCAGUGGGCCGUCUCCAGAUUAUUUGACAUUCUGUCCAUUCAAAUAUUCAUUAAACAUUCAUCUUCAUGAUUUUAAGUUUUUUUUCAACGUCAAUGACUCUAAUAUAAUUAAUGUCCCUUCUGAUUUUGACGAUAACACGUUCAUAAUAUUUUUCGGUGAAACGCUAGACUCUAAUAUCAUAAUACCUCUCAAUUUGUUUCGGCCACAACGCAACGAGGUAUCGUUUGAGAUAAAUAUAAGGCAUGGAGGGUUAAACUUGCUUGUUCCUCCCUGGAAUACUCAAGCAACCUUUUUAACAGAAAAAGAAUUAGCUGCCUUCAAGAAGCUAUUUAUAAACGGCAAGUAUCAAUACUUUUCUACUGUUUCCCCUAGCAACACCGACAUUCUACUACUUGACAUGUGUUGCCAAUCUUUAUCAGCUCGGUUCUACGGAUUUGCCAUUCGCUAUCUGCUAAAACUCAGAGACAACUACUUUGGAGAAGAUAUUCAAUUCAAAACUCUUGAAGAGUAUCAGGAAGUUAUAAAUUCCGGGAAAGAAAAUAAAGGAUGCCAGCCGCCUUCAAAAAAGUCAAAUGGCUUAGAUAUAAUCUUCGGAUUUUCAAUGAACAUCUGUAGUCUAAUACUUCCAUCUAAUAUAUAUUCUACUAGUGAUAGUACUCAUAUCGAGAUUAUAAAUAUCGCCUCUGAUAUUCGUUUCACGAAUUAUUACAUGGAUUUUGGACUGGACUUUGGUACCAUUGCAUUUUCUCAGGGAAGCGAGCAUAGUAGUCUCACCAACCAGAUGAAUGCUACCUCAAGUACACAACUAUUUAUUGACGGUCUAAACGUAUUUGGAAACCGACUAUUUGGGUUGCCACCAACAGAGCCAACUUAUAUCUGCAAUUGGGAUUUUAGUAUUGGUGCUGUGACUGGGGAAUGUACUACCGAAUUUUUAAGAAGGCUAAGUAGUGGUUUGAAAGCUUUCGUAUUUUCUUACAAUGAUGACGAAAAUGCAAUACCAUCAAUAUCAGAGCUGAUACUGCAUGAUGUCACUUUUUUUCGGGCCUCCAUUGAGUCAGUAAAUUUAUGGCUACAUGUAGAACAAUCUGCACUCUUUCUCAUGACAGAAAAGAUAUCUGUUAGCUUCAAUGACUGGGCUGGAUCAUAUUAUGCAAAAAAUCUCAAUAUCUCGAUACCAGGAAUGAAGUUUGGAUGUGUAAAUGCUGAAUCUGCCUCGAGACAUAAAUCCAUAGGUAAUCAAUCAAAUCAAACGGAUGCUCUAAUCCAGACAACCAUAUCAUUAGUAAUGGUUGAGAAAAAUCUGGGGUUUGAAAGAGACCGGGAACUUCAGCAAGAGCAUUUAAAGAAACAUGAUCAUCUAACUCGUCGUUCUGGUUUUCUGUAUGAAGAAUAUUCAAGUGCCAGUUUUGUGGAGAUUCCAGUAGAUCCUCCAACCAUGAAAUGUCCACCCUUACCAGCUCCUGUUUUUCUUGAAGAAUUCUCAAAUGACGGUAGGCUUUCAAGAUCUAAGUCGGCUUCUUUCAACAAAGAAGGUCGUAAAAGCUCUUUUAUUUCUCUCGAAAAUUUAAAUACUACAAGUACAUCGAAUAAAUAUCAACAUCUCCCUCACGAUUCUUCAACUCAAGAUGUUCCAAGAUCAAAACUACGAUCAAAUGUCACAAAGCGAGGAGUGCCUAGUAAUCUUUGGGAUCGCACUACCCAUAAAGAAGAAUACUCUUUCAAGCCUCAAAGACCUUAUCUAGAAGGUCUGAAUAAUAAAAGCCAAAGCACACCUGAACUUUUUUCAAACUUCUCUAAUUCAUAUAUGGAACCAUAUUUCCCAAUGGAAAGUAUCAUGCCUGAUACCAGUGAAUUACCCGAAAGUUAUCCUGAAUAUACAAAGCAUCUACCGCUUCUCAGCCUACCAUUAUGUCCUGAUUAUAUUCCCUGGCAAGAAUUUAAUGAUAAGAAUAUUCAAACUAGCUAUGUUCUAUCAUUUCAUGAUGGAAUAAGAGGCUUUUCCAACCCAACAGCAGUCAGAGUUAUGACUGGGCUAUUGAAUACUUUCCAAAACGUUAGUCCGAUAGACCUUCUAGAUGAGAUACAAAUUGAUUCUAUUGGCGAAGUACUUAGAGUGAAAAACAAAGAUCAGUUGGAGACGGCUAUUGAUUUUAAGUUACACUUACCAUAUUUGAACUUGAGAUUCUUACAACCACUGAAUUUUAAGGCUACUAAAGGUACUAGGAUUAAGACUCAUGAUCAGUUUGAUUUGUCAAUGGUUGGUCUUGAUAUCACUUACAGGUCUGAAUCACCAUCAAAUGACGCCAAGAAAAAUGAUGAUGAUAAUAGUUUUAAGCUCUGUACCUCAAUUUUCUCUGCAAAUCUUGCAGCUAAAGAAAGAUUUCACGACAUGGUGGAUGUAGAGAUUUUUGCUCAUUUUACCUUUGAAAAUCUGACUUUUUGGGCCAAUUUCAGAAAUGAGCAUACAGCGAUUUUUAGGUUAAAAAGCUUAGAGUUUGUAACUUCUUGUAGAAAAGUUGAACACUUGAUUUCUCUGCUCCAUCGAACUGAAAUCUUUACAAAUAUCUGUCUCAAGAAACUUGAGACUCGGUCAAGGCAACAGCAGAACCGUCUCAAAUUAUUUACCUAUCUUGUUGCGACCGCUGGUGAAAAGGUUUCAGAGCCCCUCUUUUUGACCAGACCGUCAUAUGUUCUACGCUCUGCACCUUGUCAUCUCCGAACAAAGGUAUCCUGGGCAAUUAUAGCUCGACUACGUCAUAUGUACAACAGCCUUGACCCUUCAUCUCAGCGUGACAUUGGUAAUCGUUCAUCUGAUAACAAAGAAGAGAUCCCUCAAGAUGCUCAGCAGCGUAUGCUAGUUGGCCUCUCUACUUGGAGAAACUGGGAUUUAAAAAGUAUGGAUAAAUGUAUGGUCAUCAAAAAAAUAUAUGGUGAUCAGGGUAAAAAUAAUUUGGUUCCAAUCCUAGAUCGCCCCGUUACCUUUUUAAUGUGGACUGGAGCCAUUCAGUUGAUUAUUGAUCCAGGCCCGGAGCAGAACACAAUAUCUAUAUCCGAUAUAACCAUUAAUUUUAAGAUAAACAAACUAUUUAAAGGAGACAAUAAUUUGCAAUUAAGCAACGAUUCAGUCAGUUUGAUCACAAUCAGGAUUUUUAUUGCCUCAAUUUCAAUGUGUCUCAAUUGGGAACUUUGCGAAAUGGCUAAAGAUGUACUGAGACUCAUCUAUCAGAAUAAAAACAUUGCAGAUCAGGCUUCUCUUUCAGGAACAUUGGAUCGAUCAGAAGGUGCUAUAAGAGAUGAUGCAUAUACACUACAUAUUAUCCUAGUAACUGAGAAAGCUUCAAUUGACCUGGAUACUAUAAAUAUCAGAGUUAUUUUAUUUUCCAAAGAAAUAGAAGCAUCUUUGACUACAAUUAAUAAUGCAAGUCAAACUAGUCAGGAAAACAACAGUCUGAUAGUUACUUCAAAUACUGCCUCUUCAAAGAUCAUGAGUCAUUCUCAAGAGUUGAGUGUACUACAGUUUCAAAAACCUAGGCUUUAUGCUUCGCUACAGAUAGAGAAAGGGUUCAACUUAUCAGAAUGUUCGCUUAAAUUGGCAGCAAGCUGUCAGGAAUUCGAGCUCAUAAUCAGCCAACCUGUAGUGGCUUUAAUUGAAGUGAUAGAUCUUGUCGUCGUUGAUGAAAUUGCUCAGAUCUACGAGCUAAUGCGAAUUGGAUCUAGUGAAGACCACCACAAACUAGAUAAAGGUACUGGCUCGCCUAAAGUAGUACUAAUUCCAAAAGUAAAUAUCGCAGUGUUCUCAGAAAAAUAUCAAGUUACUGUUCCACUGCUUCGAUUCUUAACCUACACAGUAUUUGGAGAUAUAGUUAGAUCCUCUAUUGAUGUUCAAGAUAGUAGUGAAAUUGCUUUUGAUUUUGAUAUUAAUGGUCAAUCACAUGAAAUUAAUAUCUCGACUGAUCGUAACAAAUCAAGUGUUUCUAUGCUAGAAACAUCGCCAAUAAAUGGAAGAAUAAUGAUACAUAUUUCUGAAAAACAAACUCUGUGUUCUAUUUUUGCUUCUGUGGAACCUUUAAUUGUCGAUGCUGCUGUAUUCCAUACUCUUUUGACUGCAAUUAUUCGACCGGAAGUCUCAGGAAUGAUAUCUGAUAUGCAAAAUGAUGUCGCAAAUAUCAGUGUCAAACUUAAAAACGUAUUCUCAGCGGACCAACAAAUUAAGAAUCACGACCUGGCCUUAGAAAAACCAUGGAUAUAUAAUGCUCACUUAACCCUAGCAGGCUUUAGAAUAUUUGCAAAUGCAUUAGGUGUUGAUAAGAGCCAAAAAUCCACUAGAAUAGACCUUAAUCUUGGAUGCGUUCAGUUAAUUGCUAUGAACCAAGUUGGAUCUAAAAAUUUAACAGAGAAAUGCCAUGAAUUUCGAAUAAGUUUACAUCAAAUAGUCUUCGAGCUAGCUCGUUGGAACUCGACAGCAACGGAGCCCUGUGGAAAUUUUUCAUUUGCAGCCUUUGUAACUAUUAUUUCCAAAGUAGAUAAAAAUGGGCAAGAAGUUAAAUCUUCAUAUAUAAAAAGCAACAAUCUAAAAAUAAACUUGUUUGCCGACACAGCAUCUUCAAUCCUAGAGGUACUUGGUCAUCUGCAAGAUAAAAUUAAAGAUAUCGAUUUUUCAAGGGAGAAGCAUUACUUACGAAAGUUCCGUGACUCUAAAUCACGAAUAACAUCCGCUGAAAUUCGAGGUAGCUAUAGUGACAUCGCCUCUAGUUCUUCAACAAUACUCGAAUCUAUGUAUUCUCUGGAGCUUCUCAACGUCCAGAUUAGCUGGCUAGUAGGUACUUCCGGUAGUCAGCCACAUUUAGAAAAAGUCGAAGAUCUUGUACUAUCGCUGAAGCGUAUGAAUCUUUCAACUAGGAAACAAAACUCUGCGCAAUUAAGAAUAGAAGAUCUUCAAUUACAAAUGGUUCCGACCUCACAGGAUAAAAUAAUUCGAUCGUUAAAUUCAGCACUGCUUCCAGAGAUUAUUUUUAAUGUCGGACAUAUUUCCACGGAUGAUUCAAGGAGACUUGCUUUCCAGGCUAGUGGGAAAUCUCUAGAUCUUCGUUUGACCUCUCAAUUUAUUAUACCAGCAUCAGCGACAAAAAAUUCAAUUAUCUCUGCCGCCGAGAAAUUUCGAGAAGCCUCGGCGCUCUGGAACGCUUCAGACUUUAAAAUAGUAGCCGAGCCGCAAAAACGGCAACCAAUACUUGGGCAGAAACGACUUGAAUCUUUGCUUAUUGACGCAGACUUUGCCGGAGCUAUGGUACAUCUUUCCGGAAAAAAUGGUGGAGUCUCUCGUGACGAGACAUUUGCUUUUUCCCCGUUAGGAAAGCAUGAGAGUGCAACGAAUAGUGACACAAGAAGUAGUAUUAAUAACACCACCCUUUGUUCUCCCGGAUUAGCAUGUAAGAUUGAAUAUAGAGAUAAUGGAGUGGAAAACCCUUCAGUCAAUGCUGAAAUAAAAGUUAACGCAUCCUCCAACAUUCUAUAUCCUUCUGUAGUUCCUCUUGUUUUAGAAAUAUCUUCUACAGUCAAAAAUAUUGUUAGCGAUGAGGACAAUAAAUUUACAGAUAACAAAACAGAACCGCAAGAGUCGGUAAGCGUCGAUGAUAAUAAUAUUCUAACUUCAGAUCCAAGCGCGGUCCUUGGGCGAACCCGUCUAAAUUUAGGUCUUCGCAUAUAUCGACAGGAAUUUUGCCUGAGCUGUCAGCCAAUAGCACGAGUUGCAGCGACAGCACAGUUUGAAGAUAUCUAUAUAGCAGUAAAUACAGUUCAGUCCAAGGAUCAUGGUUAUUUUUUUGCCGCUUCGGCAGCAGUAUCGAAAUUAAAAGCCUCUGUUCAACACGUUUACUCUAGAGAAGCUACGGGUAGUUUUUAUGUUGAGAAGGUAUUUCUCUCAUUGAUGAAUAGUAGACAUAUAAGCACUACCAGUGGCCUUUCUGCUAUACUUCAAAUUAGUCCAAUGAGCGUAAUAGUAAAUGCCAAGCAAGUUCAAGACUUCCUUCUUUUUAGAGAGAUCUGGAUGCCACCAGAGAUACGUCAAAAACCAAGCGCUUCAAAUACUCCGCCCUCAGCCCAACAGCUACAGACUAUACUUGUUCAAAGAUACCAAGAAGUCGCUGCCACUCGUGUGUUCCCAUGGAAUGCAACAGUAUCAAUCGCCGAACUUGACGUGCAGCUAGAUCUUGGUCAGGCCAUCGGGAAAUCAUCUUUCUUAAUAGCAAAUUUCUGGUUAUCAUCUAAAAAGAAUUCAGCCUGGGAACAAAACCUUUGCCUAGGAAUUAGCAAACUUGGUGUAGAAUGCACUGGACGUAUGAGUGGAUUCUUUACUCUUCAGGAUUUUAAGUUGCGAACAUCAAUUCACUGGCCAUCUAAUGAAAUGGUUACGAAAACUCCUCUAAUACAGGGAUCAAUGAAUUUUAGUAAAUUAUCCGGCAAAGCUGCUUUCGACUAUCAUACUUUUCUUAUUGCAGAUAUUGCAUCUUUACAGUUUUUGAUGUAUAAUGUAAGAAACAACCACAGCGCAAAAGUAGACCAACUUGUCGCAUUUCUUGAAGGUGAAUCUGUGCAUAUUUUUUCCACCGCAACGGCUGCAUCUCAAGCCCUUGCCCUCUAUCAAGCAUUCCAAAAGCUUAUUCAAGAAAAGAGAACAAACUUUGAGACAUCUCUUUCGGAAAUCGAAAAGUUUUUAGAGCGAAGAUUUAUCUCCCAGACCAUAACCUCUACAGCACCACUCUCGGUUAAAGGAUAUGAAAAUAAGUCAGAUGGAUUUCGAGUAUCUUUACACACUCGAGUUACAAUAUCGCUUAAAUCUGUGAAUAUUGGUGCUUUUCCCAAUACUUUCUCGGAUUAUCAAGUAUUCAAGCUUGAAACACUCGGUACAGAAGCAAGAUUUGCCGUCAGUAUGGAUAAUGGCAAAAUUCAUUGCUCCCUCGGCUUAACUCUCGGGCAGCUCUGUAUAGGACUUGCCAGCAUUAAGGAGCCUGAUACCCCACAGACUUUGGGUGAUAUUUGUGUUGAAGAUAUUAUAAAAGGUGUGACUGGUUCACGUGGGGGGACUAUUCUGAAGGUACCCAAAGUGGAGGCUACAAUGGAGACCUGGCAAAUCCCGAAAUCUAAUGAUAUUGACUAUAUUUUUAAAAGUUUCUUUGAAGGUAAGGUCGAAGUUGGAUGGAAUUACUCGCGUAUCAGCUAUAUCCGAAGUAUGUGGACCACGCACUCGAAAGCUUUAGUACAGAAACUGGGAAAGCCUCUACCGCCAUCAGCCGUUAGAAUUAUUGGCGAUCUAGAUGACGAGAAAGUCGAGCAAGCACAAGGGGGAAGACAGAAAAUUCGGGCCGAGGUAAACGUGCCACAGUCGAAAUAUAACUAUAGUGCUCUUGAGCCAUCUAUUAUUGAAACACCACAGCUAAGAGAUAUGGGUGAAGCGACUCCACCAUUGGAAUGGAUCGGUCUUCAUCGGGACCGGCUCCCAAAUCUAACCCAUCAAAUAGUGAUUGUCACGCUCUUAGAAUUAGCACGUGAGGUUGAGAACACAUAUGAGAAGAUUCUAGGGUCUUCGUGA